AUGGUGAAGCAGACGAUCCAAAUUUUCGCCAGGGUGAAGCCCACUGUCCGGAAGCAGCAGCAAGGGAUUUAUUCCAUAGAUGAAGAUGAAAAAUUAACACCUAGCUUGGAAAUCAUAUUACCUCGUGACUUGGCAGAUGGAUUUGUGAAUAAUAAGCGAGAAAGCUACAGAUUUAAAUUUCAAAGGAUUUUUGAUCAGGAUGCAAAGCAAGAGACCAUUUUUGAAAACAUUGCCAAACCAGUUGCUGAGAGUGUCCUGGCUGGUUACAAUGGUACCAUUUUUGCAUAUGGACAAACAGGCAGCGGUAAAACAUUCACCAUCACAGGUGGGGCGGAGCGCUACAGCGACAGAGGCAUCAUCCCAAGGACACUGUCAUACAUUUUCGAGCAAUUACAAAAGGACAGCAGCAAAAUAUAUACAACGCACAUUUCCUAUUUGGAAAUCUACAAUGAAUGUGGUUAUGAUCUAUUGGAUCCAAGACAUGAAGCCUCCAGUUUGGAAGAUUUGCCGAAAGUGACAGUCCUGGAGGACCCUGAUCAGAACAUCCACCUGAAAAACUUGUCUCUUCAUCAGGCGACCACAGAGGAAGAAGCCCUGAAUCUGCUUUUCUUGGGUGACACCAACAGAAUGAUUGCAGAGACUCCUAUGAACCAAGCUUCAACCCGUUCUCACUGCAUUUUCACCAUUCACCUGUCAAGCAAGGAACCAGGAUCUGCAACCGUGAGACAUGCCAAGCUGCAUUUGGUGGACCUGGCUGGUUCAGAGCGGGUUGCCAAGACUGGAGUCGGAGGCCAGCUUCUCACAGAGGCCAAGUAUAUCAACUUGUCCCUUCAUUACUUAGAACAGGUUAUCAUUGCUCUCUCAGAAAAGCACCGCUCGCACAUUCCAUAUCGAAACUCCAUGAUGACCAGCGUCCUGAGAGACAGCCUGGGAGGGAACUGCAUGACGACCAUGAUAGCCACACUCUCUUUAGAGAAAAGGAAUAUCGACGAGUCUAUAUCUACCUGCAGAUUUGCACAACGAGUGGCACUCAUAAAGAAUGAAGCUGUUCUUAAUGAAGAAAUCGAUCCCAAAUUGAUGAUUAUACGCCUACAAAAGGAAAUCCAGGAACUGAAGGAUGAACUGGCCAUUGUCACUGGGGAGCAGAGGACAGAGGCGCUCACAGAAGCAGAGCUCCUUCAGCUGGAAAAACUAAUAACAUCCUUUUUGGAAGACCAGGAUCCAGAGAAUAAACUAGAGGUUGGCGCUGAUAUGCGUAAAAUUCAUCACUGUUUCCAUUAUUUGAAGAAACUACUGCAUGACAAGAAGAUCCACAGACAGAGCACAGCCCCCUCUGAAAACAAAGAUCAGAACUGCCAAGAACCAUUGAAAGAGGAAGAGUAUAAAAAGCUACGUGAUAUUCUGCAGCAGAGGGACAAUGAAAUCAAUAUUUUGGUAAAUAUGUUAAAGAAGGAGAAGAAGAAAGCUCAGGAUGCUCUCCACCUCUCCAGCAUGGACAGAAGUGAACUGAGACUCUGCCAGAGCUCCCCCUUCCCACCUGGGAACCCGGACGGUCCGAAGACUUUGCCACUGUCAGCUCCCACUCAGGCCCUAGACUCCAGCACUUCUCCAUACAGAUCCAGUUUGCUCCACAGAAAAACAGGGAUGAGAGAGGAAAUGUCGUUAGGACGCCAGGAGGCUUUUGAGAUUUUCAAGAGGGACCAUGCUGACAGCGUUACCAUCGAAGACAACAAACAGAUUCUGAAGCAGAGAUUUUCUGAAGCGAAGGCCCUGGGAGAAAGCAUAAAUGAAGCAAGAAGUAAAAUUGGUCGCCUGAAGGAGGAGAUCACCCAGCGGCACGUGCAGCAGGUGGCUCUAGGUAUCUCAGAAAACAUCCCCGUGCCCUCAGUGCCAGACCAGCUGGAAGAGAAGCUGCGAUCACAGCUGGAGGAAGAGAAGAGAAGAUACAAAAUGAUGUUCGCACGCCUGAAGGCCCUGAAGGUGGAGAUAGAGCAUUUGCAGCUGCUCAUGGACAAAGCCAAGGUGAAGCUGCAGAAAGAGUUUGAAGCCUGGUGGGCCGAGGAAGCAACCAGCCUGCAGGUAAACUUGCCAGCAGUGACUGCAUCGAAUCACAUGAAGCCCUUUCCCCAGAUGUCAGAAGCCCAGCAUGAAAGGUCCCAGCCCCUCUCUAACAAGAGUGAUGUGUAUGCCAGGAAGAUCCUGCCCUCGCCUGGCCCCCUCCUGCGCAGCCAGGGGCAGAGCAGCCCUGCCACCCCCGUGGAGGACAGCAUCCCAGAGAGGCCAGUGUCAUCUGUCCCUCUCACAGGGGACAGCCAGACGGACUCCGACAUCCUGGCCUUCAUCAAGGCCAGACAGAACAUCCUGCAGAGGACAGGUUUCCAGUAA